CAACUUAGGCCAUUCCCGGUGACGCUUACACCUCAAUUCGGUCGUAAGAGGAAAACCCCUCUCGGCGGCCCGGUUUUCCGCGUUUUUUUUUUUCUUUCGUUGUUAAUUAUUUAUUUCCGUGUAAACUGCAGUCUUGAUUUAAAAAAACACCGAUGGUCGAUAAUUCAGCCCCGCGCUGAGGUGGAGAAACGGCUCAGGAUCGCAAAGUCACGUCGGACCCUUCGUGUUUACCCUCGGCGACAUGGCUCGACCACGGCCGCGGGAGUACAAGGCGGGAGACCUGGUCUUCGCUAAGAUGAAGGGGUACCCGCACUGGCCGGCCAGGAUUGAUGAGCUUCCAGAAGGAGCUGUCAAACCGCCCGCCAACAAGUACCCCAUCUUCUUCUUCGGGACCCAUGAGACCGCGUUUCUGGGCCCAAAGGAUCUUCUGCCUUACAAGGAGUACAAAGACAAAUUUGGCAAGUCCAACAAGAGGAAAGGCUUCAACGAGGGCCUGUGGGAGAUCGAGAACAACCCUGGCGUCAAGUUCACAGGCUAUCAGGCCAUCCAGCAGCAGAGUUUGUCGGAAACGGAGGAGGGGGGGGACGCCGCCGACGGCAGCAGCGAGGGCGAGGAGGCGGACUCCGUCGAGGACGAAGACGAUCAGGAAAAGCUGAAGGGGGACAAGGCGGCAUCCAAGAGGAAAAAGACAGCCACCUCCAAGCAGAAAUCCUCCAAGCUGUCGAGGAUCUCAUCCGUAGAGGACGACCUGGAGAAGGAUGGGAAAGAUGACGACCAGAAGAGCGUCUCCGAGGGAGGAGACCCCAACAACGACAUCAUCCCAAAUGCCACUGAGAGUAAGAACCAGCUGCUCAUAGAGGAACAUUAAGAGAAGAAAGCAUGAAAUCAUUCCACGCAGCCGCGAUGCUGGGACACUUCCCAUCAGCACCACCCGCCGGCCGCCAUUGCCACAUCCACUUCUCCGUCAGACUUCCAGUAUGUUUUCCGUGUGAAAGACGCGCCCACGUUGAUGCCGGCGUCGUGGUGGUCACCGCGUGGACGACGGGGCGUAGGCGCUGACGCUCGAUGCCACGGGUCGUGUCAGGAGCGUCGUCAUCGUGAGCGCUCCCAAACAGACAGCUUAACAUUUGUGUUUUCUCUUUCAUCCAGUGACACUGGAUGCUUGUAGGUUUGUAUCGUGAAAUAAACGUGCAGUUUAGGAUAUUUAAAGGGGCAUUAAGUACUUGACUGGACUCCCUUUGUCCUUUUCAAUAAGUGCAAGAGUCGACAUUCAUUUGCUGCUGUACGUGUACACUGGUUUCUGAUCAUCAGGGGCAACUUCAUUACACUCCUGUCAUGUAGCCUUUGCCAAGUCACGAUGCAUAUUUUCACAACGGCACGAUAAUUUAACACAUUUGACAGCGUGACCAUCCGAGUUUAAAGGCUUUAAAGACCCAUGAGAUGGAUUCUCCAAAAUAUACAAACGUGCAGACUUCACAGCCCCGUCAAUCUCUACAGUACUUUACAGCAGAUUACUUACUGCCUCUUUAAUAGGUGUUGAAAAGUUAUAUUUGUUCCGAAGGUCAUUUUUAACUGUAGUUUGGGAAUUAAGUCAAAAUGGAAAUACAGUACCAGUGCAUCUCUACAUGUGCGUCACACCUCACUGUCACACUACGGCCAGAUGAAACGCUGUGCAAGAGUGGCCUGUACUUCAUAAUCAUUCAUAGUGUAAGUAUCCAUCAAUCCGUGUUAACACUGGCCUUUGCACACCUGUACAUCUGUAUUGCAUCACUCACAAGCGUCUGUCACUGUACAAAUGCAUUUGAUGGGAGCUCCAUUAAUGUGUGUGUGUAUAUAUAUAUACAUACAUACUCUGCCAUCUAUAAUAUAUGUUGAGUAUUGCAUUGUAUCGAUCCGUAGCUGUAGCUUGAAAUUACUUUUUUACAAGGGUUAAUUAAGGGACGGACUUGCGGAAUAUUGAGUAAUUUUUAAGCGUUCUCCAUCAUCAUAUAUGUUACUCUUUUAUGUAACCAAGAAAAAAAGACGAUUGGAAAUACAUAGAUAUGUGUAUGAAGUGUUGUGCACAGCUGGGUUACACAUUGUAACUCUCAAAUGAACUAUAACAGUAUAUUUUACUCUUGUUGUAGAAUAUAGGACCAGUAUUCUACUUGGACUGCUCUAGGUCUCAUCCUUUUAUGGAAACGUGAUACAUCUGUGUACGUGUGAAAUAGUUCACUGUAUGUUUUUUUUAUAGUGGCAUGCUCUACUGUUGUACUCCAGCUCACUCUUAGAUUAAAAAGUGUCCAUUGGUUCGUAGAUAUUUGUUGGUGUGCGGCGUGUGGUGGUGGGGGGGGGGGUACACAUUACACUUUGUUUCUGUUGCCAUGUCUGCACGCCUGAAACCUGACAGUAAACUGAACUAUGUGAGGAAACUCAGAGCUUUGAACAUGUUUGACACUCAGUCACUGUACAGUGACAUACAGUGUGACAAUGCAGUUUAAAUUCUCAAACUGUUGAUAAUUUACUUACAAUUAAAGAUAACACCAGGCUACACGGUCUUUUAACUCUGUGCCAGUUGUUUUUACUUUACUUCCACUAUUGUUGUCAUGUAAUAUAGACCGUUUUCUUAUCAUACAUGCCUUGUUCAUGUGAAAUCAUGCUUUCAAAAGAAAUUCAUUUAUCCUUCAUAAAUAUCCUUCAAAUCUUUGUUAUGCUCGUAUUUGGAACAUGUUUUGCAUUUUCAAGGAUUGUAAUUUACUGUAAACUGUUUUUUGCUGUUUAUGAAAGAUACUUUUACAAAAUAAACUCAUGGGAAUGCA